AUGGAUUUACAAGACAAGGAGAGUGUUCCGGGCCUGACCCUCUUGUCCGGCAACCCAAACAUCGCGUCGGACGAGCAGUCGAGCAAGCAGCCAGGCGAGCAGCAGCAAACAAGUCAAGCAAACACUUCCACGCUAGAUGUGGUCUCUGAGCAGCGACCUUCCACCACUGCCACCUUGGCCACAGGUUCCCAGACCACCCCGACCACAGAGCAGCAAUCCAUUGCUAAUCUCACAGCGUCGAAUCAACAGCAGAUGAGCAAGACCCCCAAGCCAGGACUGCAAGCCUCUCGUCGCUCGGAGACACCCGUCACGACAGAGCCUCACGACACGAACGCGGCGUCCAGUGACACUGAUGUUGAACGGCUCGCGCUUCUCCGGCGAUGCUUGCGUUGCAAAUCCGUGAAGAAGGGCUGCACUGGUGGCAAGCCGUGUGCGGGCUGCGUGAAAGCUAACCUGUCGGCUGAGGAAUGCGAGACGGACGUCGAGUACGGAAACCAUCAGCGGAGGAGGAAGUCGAAAGGAAAGACUGGUACCACAACGAAGCGGGCAAAGUCUCCGAAGAAGAAAUCAGGUGCCGCGGGUAGGGCUACGGACGGGAUUUCAGGUGCCGCCACGCCCGCUAGUGACAUUAACACCACACGCGCUGCGCAGACAACGACCGCGACCCACGACACGACUGCGCGCACCGAACGAAUCAUGGCAGAAGACUCCCUUCAGCCGUCCUCGGCUGCCGCCGCGGCCUCUUCUUCCUCUCCAUCCAGCAGUCCGUCCCCGGGCGCACGUCUGGGACCAGACGCUUGGUACGCCCAUCUCUUAACGAAGCCAGCGGGCGACACCAUGUCACCGGCCGAGCCCGGCUCUAGUGACGCUGUUCAGGCUGCGCAAGCUCCGGAUACCACGGUCGCUCAGAUGACGACUCAAGCUCAGCUCCUGGCGCUUGACACGACGUCCGCCGCAGGUCACGACAGCAGCAUGGGCACCCCGGUCCCAGGCACUGGCCCUCAGCCAAGUGCCGCGCUUCUACCUUUUGCACGCCAGAGUGCGAUGGGUCCCGUGACCGCUCCUCCGGUCAUGUCGUCGCAGAGCGAGUUGCGCAGCCCCAACAGCGAGGCCAACCAAGUCAGUGCAGCACCGACGAGCAAGACGCCGCGCAAGAGGAACACUACGAACUCGCCCGCACCGCGAGCACCGAAGGAGAAGAAGACGCCUGCGUCCAAGAAGAAAGCAGAAGAAACUGGAGAUUCAGCGGAGAAGAAGACCAAAACCCCGCGUAAACGCGCCAAGAAGGCCGAUCCGAAGGGAAGCGGACCGAACAACGCGACGCCCGUUCAAGGAUCAAGUCUUCGCAACGAGAUAUUCCCGAGUGAUGGAAGCAACAAGGAUGGCGACGACGCGGCUUCGACGGGACAGCAUCCCAGCGCUACACAGUCCCUUGGAGGUGCCGGUCAGAGCCUCGCCUCUUCCAUCCCAGGCCUACAGGGCACUUUCAUCCCAGGCCUACAGAGCGCAGGUUCCCUCCCGCGUAACCCAUACCUCGAUAACAUCAAGCUCAAUACUACCAUUGCACCCGGUGGUACUGAUCCCUCGAGCCCUAGCGGAUUUGCUUCUCAGCAGCAGCAAACUUCCAUCACUUUCCCGAGCUAUCCGUACACUUCGACUGUGCCGGUGGAUAAGCUGACUGUAGCUCCCGGAACUUCCACAUACGAGUUGCCUCCAGAUGCUUCUCGUCACAGCUCUGAGCGAGACAAUUCAAAUGUCCAGGACACCGAGAUGCGCGAGCAGUCGGAUCGUAUGAUCAACCCGCCUCCAGGCGUGAGCUCCAACUUCAAGUCAUACUUUGACGUAGACAUGGAGUCCUCUUCGAAGGAUGAUGAGACGCCCUCGCACUUUGCGACGCCGAAACGCUCCGCCGAUGUCUCGGCAGCUUUCGCGGAUGCGGUCCGCGAACACCAGAUGACCACUGUGCAAAUCCAGCCCACUUUUCCCAGCGAUCGUGAUACCUUCACCCCUACUAGCGCCAACAGAGAGAACAGCGAAGUUGACAGCAUCUCGAACGAGGCCGAGCACCUUCCCGACGCCGCUCCAACCCAGACAACUUCCGAGCAAGAGAGAAGCUCCUCUGCAAGCGCCGCCGGCGGGCACCAGGACAGCGGCACCAUCCAGCACAAGCGCCCCCGCGCUGCAUCUCUGAGCAUAGCGUUGAACACCACGUCGAAGCGCCCCCGCAUCGACUCCGAGCCCGCCGCCGGCACCGCCGUCGAUCCGUCCAACACGGCCAACACGGCCGCCACGCCCGCCACGCACGUCGACGAGACCAACUCUCACACAGACAGCGGCGCCAACACCCAGGCCCAAGCCCAGUCAACCCAAAUCGCCCAGACCGCCCAAGCCAAACUCCUCACGCAGAUCGUCUCCCUCGGCGACCGCAUCCUGCGCUCUUCCCCCGGCUUGUUCCCCACAACACGCCACCUCCCAAUCCCCGAGCAACAACAAACCCAACAGCAGCACCAACCCCCGCAACAGCACCACCACGCCCCCAACCCCAACCCCACCCCAACCCCUCUCACCCCCCACGAGCUCCGCGCCAUCGCCGCCUACCCGCCCGGCGUCUCGACCGCCACCUACGCGCGCCUCACGCCGCGCGAGGCCGAAGCCGCGGAGAUGGAGCGGUACCUCGUGUGGUACGCAGCCACUUUCGGAAGUGGUAACGGUGGCAGGGAUGUUGGUGGCGCCACAGCGGCGGCUGCGGUGGAGGCGGCGUACGACGCGCCGCCGCCCGGACACGUGUGGGCGAGGCUGAGGCUGGAUGUGGGGAUGCCGGCGGUGUGGAGGGUGGGGAUGAGGCCGCCGCCGGGUGCGGGUGGUGGUAACGGGGAUGGGGAGUGGCCGGUGGGUGGGAGGCAGGGCUGA